UGCUCUGGUGCAAUGCAAGCAUCUCUUCGCUGCCCUUGCGCCCUCACCUCACGCAUUUUGCCCUGAUUUCUGCCUCUUGAUCGUGAUCUGAUACCUCUGCCCCACUUCCCUGCCGAGUUUUCGCCAACGUGGACAGCCAUCACUGGCAGAGCAUUUAGCAGAGUUGCUUGACAGCCCAAAAGUGCUUUUGGACUUCCAGUUUAGAAGAGACAGGCAGUUUCGCUUUGUCCAAUUUUCCCACAGCUACCUAGCAGCCACUCACAUGACCUUGAGCUUGUAACGCACCUAGCUUGUUUACAACUAAAGGCGCUCGUUCCUAAUCCAGUCUUCAAGAGAAACACUUCCGAACAGCCACCUCGCAAGUGCUUCCUGCACUCACAGAAUCGAGCUUGUUGUGAAAUUAGCGCCCUUUGGUAUAAUCACUAGAUCUUCGAAGUACACCUAGUGCUGUAGGCGCGGGCAUAGCGCUCACGAAUCACGAUGACGAGAACGCCGUGUUGCGAGAAAGCAGAGGUUCGAAAGGGGCCGUGGACGCGAGAGGAGGACGAGCUCCUCGUGAAGGCGAUUAAGGAGCAUGGCGAGGGGAACUGGAGCGCGAUUCCCAAAAAAGCUGGGCUGAUCCGUUGCGGCAAGAGCUGCCGCCUCCGGUGGGCAAACUACCUCCGCCCGGACUUGAAACGCGGCGCGUUUUCGACGGAAGAAGAGGCGCUGAUCGUGCGCCUGCACAAGGAGAUGGGCAACCGCUGGGCCAAGAUCGCCCUCGAGCUGCCCGGGCGCACCGACAACGACAUUAAGAACCACUGGAACACGAGAAUCAAGAAGAAGCUGCGCGAGUCGGGGAUCGACCCCGAGACGCACCUUCCGCUCGCGACGCGUCUGGCAGAUGGAAUGGCGCUCCAUGCGAUCAAGCGUCCGCUGCCCGCAGUAGUCGGUCCUGCCGGAUCUCCCUACCCGUUCCCGCCGUCGAAGAAGCAGUGCCUCGAGCCCGCCGUAAACCCGGCUGUUCCCGCCUGCGCUACUUCCCCACCGCAACCGCAAGCGGAAGCGCUAGCGCAAGCGCAAGUGCCUUUCUGUCCUUCGGCGGAAGUCAUCUCUACUGGCGAUGUGAAAGCGGAGUUUCCGCUUCAAGCUGGCGCGGGCGCGCCCGAGCCAGUGCAGCGGAGAGUGGGUUUCCGCAGCAGCAGCUGCAGCAGCAGCGACGAGGACGAGGGGGAUAGCGAGGGUCCGAGUCUAGUCGACCACGAUGGCGAAAUCGAAGCUGGUUCGCCAACAAGCGUAAUUGUUUCACAAAUUGGCGCUCGCGCUCGGGUAACGACGACGGAAGCAGCUGGGGGUUCGGGGUUGUCCGCGCGUGGGGGAGUAAUCAAGGGUGGAAAGGGUGGGGCGGAGGAAGAAUAUGCGUCGUUAGCAUCGGCAUCGACGGUUCAGAUGGUUCGAACAAACGCGAUGCUUUCGCCCAGCGCUCAAGGCUCGAACUCGCUUUCGCCAGCAGGCGCUUUCGCCAAACUUCCGAAUCGUUCGUUCAAAGUUCCGCCGCCGUCGCUCAUCAUCCCGUGUUCCGCUUCCGCGGAGGAGGCGGAGUUUCCGGUGGGAGUUCAGCUUGCGCCCGCCGCAGCGGCGAUCGGCGGAGCUGUAUUGGCGAGCCCGUUCAUGCUUCGUAACUGUUUAUGGGACAGCUCCGAUCUCAACUGCCCCUGGGCCGAUGACCUGGACAUGGACACGUCAGCAGCCCUCCCUGUGCUUCCCAGCCCAAAGUUCAUCCCCCUCACUCCAUCCAGCAACGCCUUUGGCAGCUUCAGCUUCGGUAAUAGCACACCCAGUAACAACACCAACUCUAGCAACUACAGCUACGGAUACAGUGGCGGCAGCAGCAGCAAUUACAGCAGCACGAACAACAGCAGCAACAGCAACACAGCAGCAGUCCAGUUCUGUUUCCCCACCAUGCCCACCCCUCCUGCCUCUACCGCUGCAGCCGAUCUCACCGCUUUCGACCAUCUCCCCCAGCCACUCACCGACAGCCACCUGGCGCUCCAUGCUGCCAUGGACAGCUCAGAUUGCCAGCGGCUGGGAGGCGGGCCGAGCAGAUGCGAGGGGCUGGGAUCAGCAGGGGUGGGCAGCAGCACAGCAGCAGCAGGCGAGCUAGUCCCCAUGGCUCUGGUCUCCCCCCCUCUCCCAGGCACCGUGCCCCUUCCCUCAGGCGCCCUAGAUGGGCUCACUCUGGAGAUGGAUGUGAAGGCGGAUGGAGGGAUGGUGGGGGUGGAUGGGGGGGUGGAGGAGGAGGAUGUGGGGGAGGAUGUGAGCCUGGGCAUGUGCCUGUCGCCAGAGGAAUUUGACUCGUUUGACCUGGGUCUGCCGCCCGGCGUGUGUCCGUCACCCAUGCCUGGUUUCAGUAACAGUAUCUUCUCCCAGGCCACUCCUGCUGCGGCUACUCCUGCUCCUGCUAGUGGCUUUUAAGUCGACUCAAAAGUCACCCUGGCGUGUGCCUUUCUCCUGUGCCUGGACUCAGUAACAGUAUCUUCUCCCAGGCCACUGCUCCUGCUGCUGCUUCUGCUGCUGCUGCUGCUCCUACUCCUGCUCCUGCUGCUGCUGGUGGUGUUACUGGCGCUGGUCUGCUGGUGUUUAUGGUUCUGCUGCUCUGUGUCAGUAUGCAGGAGGAAAAGGGGGAAGGAAAAAGGGGAGCAAAGCAGAGCGGAUACGGUAGUUAUCUCUGACCGGUUUGUGAAGGCGGGAUGCGCGAAACGCAGGGAGAGCAUUCCUUGCUCUGGCAGGGAAAAUCCCGCUUAGUGUAAAGAUUCUUCAGUUAGUGGGCCAGGUAGGGGCUGGUUAGAAGCCCGGGAGGGACAGGGAUAGUGCGGAGUUAGUUAGUGGAUAAGGCGAGCGAAAUCCAAACCGACGGGAUAUUCAGUUCAGAAACUGGGGCCUGAAGGGGGAUGAAAAUGCGGGCUACGGGAGAAACCUGGCAAUGCGGAGGAGGGAGGUGUAUAGUGUAGGAGCAGAUGCUUCCUCUGAAGCUCUGCCGGGGUUUGCAAUCAACGUGCAACCCUGCUGCUUGAAGCUAACAAUUUUGUCUGCCAAGCCAAUCCUUAUAUAUUCAAUUGUUAAUAUCUGCCCAUCUGUACAGCUCACAUCGCAUAAAAGAGAUUACUGUAA